AACGAUGAUUCGAAUUCGAAGUCUCAGCAGUUUCAUGUUGAGACUCAGGAUCCCACGAAUCGAAAUCAGAGUUUCUCGGAGAAAACGAAUUCGCAAAGCUUUCGUCAACGCUUCUGCUUCGUUUGUGAGGAGCAUUACGAAGGAGAUGAAUCGGAGAAGAACCAUGAGUUGGUAUUAUUACGUUUCAAGUUCAUGGAGAAUGCAGGAUUGCUUGCUUACCGUACUCCAGACAAAGAAAGCUAGUUGAAACGCGUUCUGAUGAUGGCGAAAAAGAAAUGGUUAAAUUUCAGGCAUUUUUGUAAGGAGAGAGAGUAGAAAGUAAAAGAUGAAUGUAUACCGUGAAGAGGACUAAGUGAAUGAGGAAGAGAAUGAAACGUGGACGACCGAACCAGAAGAAAUGAUCACCGGGUUGAACUAGCGGUGUGCCUUUCACUACGUCGCCUUUCUCUUGGAUUCUAAGUCCUAGUUUUGUUAUUAUCACUUGAAGUUUUGUUCCAACAAUAAGAAUCACCUGCAGUUUGUUUAUACAUUCAUUCUUGUUACGGAGUUGAAACCGAA